UCAAGUAGUAAUUUGUCACCCAUGAUAUUAUGGAUAAUUCAUAUGAAUGCGGAAUGAAAUUACCUUCGCUUUCUAUUGCGCUAUAGAUGAGCCUGCAUACUUGGGCUGUUUCCGUGACAACCUACCCAGAGAUCUUCAGGUGUAUAUUCCCACUCACCCAGCUACUAUCGGCGCAUGCGUGGACACGUGCAAGUCCCAGGGCUUUAGCGUUGGAGCCUUGCGCAACUCAGAUCUGUGUUUCUGUGGAAAUGCGUACAGGAAGUCCAAUCAGGUGGCAGAUAAAGAAUGCGACAUGCCUUGCUACGAUAACUCUUUUGAAGUUUGCGGUGGAUUUAUGACCUUUUCGCAAUAUUGGACGGGCAUUGUGGACUCUACGACUGGAACACUCCCUGGAAUACAGAAGCAUUUUAUUCCUUCAAAUGAUCCGAUCCCAUGGGAGCUACUCGUGCACGCUCGUUCAAAAUACCCUCCACGACAUAUGCCUGGAUCAACACGUGGUUCCCCCUGGUACCAGACUUACGCUAGUCCAUGGCCAUGGAGAGGGAACACUAACAUUGUACCAUUCCAACUACAACGGACAGGUGGAUUGAGAAGUUAUCCCUCGACCUACCAAGCUAAACUGAUCUACCCUCAAAAUAGAUAUCAGGGUUAUCAACGUUAUUAUGGUGCAAAACCAUACAGGACAAACUACAAUCGGCUUCAACAGCCUUCCUCAAGAUAUAAUUUCCAAAUAGCUACAAACACCCAGCCAAGUGCAUAUGGUGCUUAUCAGAGUCAAGUCAAUCGCUGGCCGUACAAUUACAACUACAACAGCUACAAGUACAGAAAUUACAACUUUCAAAACAGCGCUGCAAACAGACCAUAUAAUGGUUAUCAAGGUGUUUAUCAAAGGAGACCUGCUCCAAGACCUUCACCCCAGGAAAAAGCUAAGUUAAUGGGUUUGUUGAAAAAAGUCAGUUGGACAUUAUUCAAAGAAAUCCAUGGAACAUCCAAAUUAGGUGCACCCAGAUUCUUGGGUUGCUAUCAAGAUUCAGAAUCACGUGACCUUCCUACGGCAGUUCAAGUGAGGCCGCUGACCGUAGAGGGCUGCGUCUCAAAGUGUGGUGAAUCGGGCUUCUCCAUAGCUGGUCUCCAGUCCUCCACACAAUGCUUUUGCGGUACGACGUACAGCAAGUACGGCAGGCUCCUGAAUGACCAAUGUACAAUGCGCUGUACUGGAAACUACCAGGAAAUAUGUGGAGGAGUGAUGAUGAACUCUUUGUACUACACAGGUAUUGGCCAAGCAAUUCCAUACGUGGCACCACCAACUGAUGCGAGGACCCAACAGAUAACCUUCACCAAAAACACCCCAACAAACUCUCAAUGGAUUGAAAAAUCAGGACGAAAACAAAGACCUGUAAGUCUGAAAAAACCGUUACAGCCGUUUCACAAGGUCCUCUUACAAAAAGCCAAACCCAAAGUGUCCAAAAGUAAAGACAAACCUGCAAAGAACAAACCGAAGACAACACAGUUGAAAAACAAAGAUGACCAAAGUAAAGGAAGACCAUUGCCAAUACAAGAUUACGGAAAGCUAACAAAGAUACUUCAAACACUGUCAAGGUGGCGUCAACCAUACAAGUCACGAGACAACAGCAAGGACCAAAAGAUGAAACCAGCUCUAAGUUAUCAAGAAUUGAGAAAGGUACUCGACGACAUGACUCCAGAAAUUGUCAAAAAAAUUGCCGACAAAAUCAUUGCUCACGACAACAACAGAACCAAACUCAGCGACAUGAAACCCUUGGGUGCAGAGAAAAGUCUACAGGUACAUUUGGAAAGUUCUAAACUGGCAAGCGAGAAAAAGCAUGAUCCAGGGUUCAAAAGAGUACAUGUCAAGAGCUCUAACUACAAGAACUGGAGUAAAAAAGGAAAUAGCACUGCUCCAAAAGUAAGGAACAAACAUGAAGACGUUGUUCUAGAAGAUGACGCCAGACCUAUCACUUCGAGUAGAAACGGCGCUGCGACGAAAGGGCCCGAAAACAAUACUUCUGAACAAAGCGUUUCUAUGACAAUGGACCCUAAGGUCUUAUCUUCGGGACCAGUCAAUGGAAAAGUAUUGAUUCAAUCAACUCCACAAAACAAUAUUUUUAGCACUGAUACUCAAGAAUCCACGAGAUAUGCAACAAAGGCGGUUGUUAAGGUGCAAACUGCAGACGGCACCAAAAUUCCCAGCCUGCCAUCGUUUAUUCCAAUAGCUGACAAACGGAAAAAACACAGAUUGAAGAGUAAUCCAGUUUCCUCAGAUAAUCAACAAAAUGGGAGCAAGCAACUACAGCCAUCACACAAGGAAUUAAUGUCAGACAAGCAGUCCAACAAGCGAACGUUCGUGCAUUUUAUAGUAAAAGAAAGCCAUGACAAGAAAAAGAAACUUUCCAAGAAGAAAAGCGAGUCAUCAUGGAUUAAACCACAUUUAGAUUUAAAUGAAACGGAAAGCACUGAUGGCGACAUUGUCUCCCUCUCACAGGAAGAAACAAAGACUCAAGCGAACGCUAGCAUCAAAACUAAAACAGAACAGAAAGUUACGAGUCAAGAAAAUCAAACAGCUUUCGAAGGUAUUCCGUUUAAGAUAAAUCCUGCACUAGUUACAGAAGAUGUGGACGAAGUCUUUGGAACAAACAAUAUACCUUCAAACAAUACGCCCGUGGAAAACAAAAUGAAAAGCACAAAGAAUGUAGCCUUUCAAAUUGCAAAUAAGACCCUUUCUGAAAAAGAGCAAAAGUCUACAAAGAAAAAGAUUAUACAUCCAGAACAGGGUACUAAGACGAUAGUUCUAAAGCAUCCACGAAUUCCAAACAAGGUUCUACACGUAGAGGCCAAAUGGAAUGGCCAGAUUAACGUAAAAGCAAACUGGAAAGAAGUGAUGGAACCAGAAUCAAAACCAAAAAAGAAAUCUUCUGUGAAGAAAAAGAAUGUGAACCACAAGAAAAAGACAACGAGAAAAUUUAAAGAAAGCAGUGGAGAUGAUGAAGGGAAUGACGAUUACAAAUUUGAUGACAGUGGUUCAAGAAAUGAGCUAUUGUGGAGACAUAGCCGACCACUAAAAGAUAAAAUCACCUAGAACAUCACAUCACUGUAAUUUAUAUAAUUAUGUAAAGAAUGUCUGUACAAUUAUGUUCAGUUUCCUUGUUUUGAUACAGACUGAAGUGAUAAACAGCCUGUACAUGAACCAAAUUUCUACAGUAAGACCAAGGCAAAUCUCUAAAUAUUGUCCGCUAGAUGCGGACUUGAUCGGACCCUGAUCUGCUGUUGAAAAUGAGCAGAUCAAAAGACACAUAUGAAAACGGAUAGUCGAUUCAAAUUUUAUUAUUGUAGAAGGUAAGACUGACGGCAGAGCUGCUUCUGAGUUUUUGC